AGAUCAGUUUUGUAAGUACUGACAUUUUAACAAUACUAAGUCUUUCAGUUCAUGAACAGGGGAUGUCUUUCCAUUUAUUUAGGUUGUCUUUAAGUUGUUUCAAAAGUGUUUAGUAGUUUUCAGUGUGUAAGUCUUAUAUUUUCUUGGUUAAGUUUAAUCCUACGUAUUUCAUUAUUUUUGAUGUUACUGUAAAUAGAAUUGUUUUAUUAAGUUUAUUUUUCCUUGUUUGUUUUUUUCCACAGUACUUGUUAGUUGUUUAUUUAUCAAGAGAAACUAUUCCAUAGUCCAAUAUUCAUGUUUCAUAGUUCAGGAAUACAGCAAACUUUUAGGAAGCUGGAACCCCCAGGGUUAUAAUGAAUGUUGCAACAAUACGAAAUUACAGAUGCUUGGCCAGAAGGCCUUGCAUCUGAAGUUUUAGCAAAGCACUGGAAGUCACGGUAUUCUCUUAAACCAAAUGACCAAAUCUUGGCUGAAGACAAACACAAGGAAUUGUUUGAUGAACUUGUAAAAAAAUUCAAAGUCGAAUAUCAUGCUGGUGGUUCUACCCAGAAUUCUAUUAAAGUGGCACAGUGGAUGAUUCAGCAGCCACACAAAGCAGCAACAUUUUUUGGAUGCAUUGGGAUAGAUAGAUUUGGAGAGAUCUUGAAGAAGAAAGCUGCUGAAGCCCAUGUGGAUGCUCAUUACUAUGAGCAAAAUGAGCAAACAACAGGAACUUGUGCUGUGUGCAUCACUGGUGACAACAGGUCCCUUGUAGCUAAUCUUGCUGCUGCCAAUUGUUAUAAAAAGGAAAAACAUCUUGAUAUGGAGAAAAACUGGACAUUGGUACAAAAAGCAAGAGUUUAUUAUAUAGCAGGCUUUUUUCUUACAGUUUCCCCAGAGUCGGUAUUAAAAGUGGCUAACCACGCUUCUGAAAACAACAGAAUUUUUACUUUGAAUCUGUCUGCACCAUUUAUUAGUCAGUUCUACAAGGAAUCAUUGAUGAAAGUUAUGCCUUACGUUGACAUACUUUUUGGAAAUGAGACGGAAGCUGCCACUUUUGCUAGAGAGCAAGGCUUUGAGACUGAAGACAUUAAAGAAAUAGCCAAAAAGACACAAGCUCUGCCAAAGGUGAAUCCGAAGAGGCAGCGAAUCGUGAUUUUCACUCAAGGAAGAGAGGAUACUAUAAUGGCUACAGAAAAUGAAGUCACCGCGUUUGCUGUCUUGGAUCAAAACCAGGAAGAAAUUGUUGAUACCAAUGGAGCUGGAGAUGCAUUUGUUGGAGGUUUUCUGUCUCAGCUGGUCUCUGACAAGCCCCUGACUGAAUGCAUCCGUGCUGGUCACUACGCAGCAAGCGUCAUAAUUAGGCGGACUGGCUGCACUUUUCCUGAGAAGCCAGAUUUCCACUGAUAGAAAUGCAGGAAAUCCAAGCCCAGUGGAACAGAUACUGCCCUGAUUGCUUCCUGAGAAUUCCCAUAUUAAUAAAGAAGAAAAUUAUCUGCCAUCUUUUCCUACUAUAAUAAUAUUCAUUCUUAAUUUGGAGGGUACAGUAAUUCUCAGUAGAAUCUUUAUUCUCUCAACAACCUAAAAAAUAAUGUCUAUUUCCAUAGUUUGAUAGUGCCACUUAAAUGUUGAUUAAACAGGAAUAUAACAUUUCAA